GGGGGGCGGUGCUUGGGGGCGGCCGCCAUCGUCCCCACCGCCAUUGCCACCACCGCCACCAGCAGUGCCGCCACCCGCAGUGCCAUCGCCAUGCCGCUCCGCGUCACCGUGCUCUACUGCGGAGCCUGAGGCUACAAGCCCAAGUACGAACGGCUGCGGGCGGAGCUGGAGAAGCGCUUCCCCGGAGCGCUGGAGAUGCGCGGCCAGGGCACGCAGGAGGUGACGGGAUGGUUCGAGGUGACGGUGGGCAGCCGCCUGGUGCACUCCAAGAAGAACGGCGACGGCUUCGUGGACACCGACGCCAAACUGCAGCGCAUCAUGGCCGCCAUCCAAGCUGCCCUCCCGUAGGCCCCACAUCGCCCCACAUCCAACGGGGCUGUGGGGGCCCACGCUGACCCCCCAGCACCGCCCGGCUCUGCUGGCACAGCGCUCCAUGACGGGGGCGGCCAAAAGGCCCACGGGCACAGGGCUGCUUCCAGAACCCGCGCACGGCACCGGAGCCAGAGCUCGCGUUCCAACCUGGUGUGGGUCUGCUUUACGCCAUCGAUGCUUCACUCCGUGUCAUCCAGGUUUCAUUUUGCACCUUCCAGCUUUGGCGCACGCUGUCCACGUUUGACUUUAUGACACAGAGGUUUUGUUUGACGCCAUCGACGCUUCGUUUGACGCCAUCGACGUUUCAUUUGACGCCACUGAUGUUUCGUUUGACGCCAUCGACGUUCUGCUUCAUGCCCACAUCGCUCACCGAAUGCUGCUCCUCUCUGGGUUGAGCUGUUCUGCCAUUAUAACACCACUCGGUGACGAUUCUCAAUAAAGUCAUGGGAACUUUGGGCUGCCUCA